AUGAUCCCUCCGACACCUUCACUGACUGUCCCGCCCGAGGCAUCCGCUGAACACCUUCUGCGCCUCGGUAAACCAUUUGUCCAGUUUCCGAGAUACAGCAUUGUCGACCUCCAAACCGAACAAGACCAUGAGGGCAAUCCCAUACCCUUCUCCCAAUGGCUUCAAACGAGACUACAGUCGGGCAAGCCAUUCGUGCUGGCCGACUUUGACAAACUCGGGUCAUGGCCCAAAGGCAAUCCCAGAGAUGGCUCGGAGCCCGGCUUUGGCAUUGAGAGGCUCAUCGAGCUGAGCACGAAAAAGAAUAUACCCAUCCGCAAUUGCAGUACUGGCAGAGAUUUAUCCUUUACCUUGCGCAAGUUUGCCGAUAGUGCGCAGCAGUCGUUACAAGAGUUCCAAAAUCUCUACGCCAGGGAUCUACCAUGCCCUCCAGAAUGGCUUCAACAGUGCGAGGAGGUUCUGCCUACGGAGCUCCAAUGGAGCGGCAAGUUGGACCUGUUUCAGUGGCUGCCGCCGUGCGCUCGGAGCGAGGUCAUGAUGGCUUAUGUCGGGAGUGAAGGGAGCAGCUCUGGCUUUCACAGAUGCUUCUCCAGCACGGUCGCACUGAAUCUUCUCGUUGAAUCGGAUGACAGACCCAUUGUCUGCAUAGGCACCGACUUUGAUUCACAGAAAAAGUACGAUUCUUUCAUCUCUGCCCGAGGAGUCUCGCCACACCUCGACUGGUAUAAUUUGAACACAGACGAAAUGCUCAAGGCCGACUUUCCGCUUUACGUGUACGAUCAGCGGGUGGGAGACCUGGUCGUCUUUCCACCAGCAACUGCACAUCAAGUCUGGAAUCCGUCAACACUCUGCACCAAGAUGGUGUGGAACAUCCUCCAUCCGCUGUCACUCGAAGUUGGCUUCCAAAACGUACAGCCCUCCUUCAACCGUCUGUGUCAUCCCGAUCUGGCGCGGACCAAUCUGUCAUUAGCCUGUGCCAUGAUGUCGCUGCUGCAGGACGAUCCCAGCAUGCAUCAGUCAGUGCCAUUGCCGCCAGAUCUACCACUUCUGUCGCGCCUGUUCCGACAGAUGGUUCACGAUGAGCAGAUUGACUCACCUCUAGCCACACCGAUCAGCCUUGUCUCGUUGCCGCCGACCGUGAUUGCAACCUGCAAUUUCUGCAGCACCGCCAUUUGGAAUCGCCACGUGCGUUGUACGCAAUGCACCGAUUUCGAUCUAUGUUUGCUUUGCUAUCUAAACGGUCGGUCUUGCGAGCACACUAACGCGUACGCCUGGGCCGAGAUUGUCCCCUCAGACCAAUGUACUCGAAUACUCACCAGAGCACGAGAGAUACUAGGAUUCCAACCCGAAACCCAUAUUAUCGCGGACGACCGAAAAACGCUCGGCACAGCCGUCAACGACCUCAUGCGAGCGAAGCAGUCCCAGACCAGCCGUCUCUGUCAUUUGUGCCGCAUCGAUCACCCAGAGUGGAAGGGUCGACGGUGUGACAAGUGCACGGCGUUUUUCUGCUAUCGAGGCCUGUUCCGGCACUUCGACAUGUCACCCGGCGACGUACUCCGCCACAGCGAAUCUUGGAUGUGUCCAAAAUGCAAAGAAGUCUGCAAUUGUCGCUGCUGUCAUUUUAACACUGCAUAUAUUAAGUCGGAGAAGCCGGCCUCGAAGCGACGUGUUCGUGCGGCAGACCCUCGAGGGAAGACCGUUGGCUUCGCUGACAAUGUAUUCGACCAGAAACGCGGCAGACGGGAAUCUCACGCAUCGGAUAGUGGCUCUCUUCCUGGCGUCAGUCAGUUGGCAGGUCGCAAGCGGCCACUUGCUGCCUCGGCAUCUGCUUUGGGGAACCCAGCUACCCCGAUGCGCAAACUUGAGCUACCGACUCCCGAGCCAGACUUCUCCAAUUAUAGCCACCACAAGUACAGCGACAGCUUCACAUCCUCUGGGCCUAUACUGCCUGGCGUCAAGAGUAUAGCGGAGGGCGCCAUGAUGAUGUCGCCGGGCGAUGACCGGUCCACCCGAGUGAGCACGUCGCCCGGGCUUGGAUCGCUGGCAUCAACGAUGGGCAUCACCCCAGACCGUGCAAAUACGCUUCCGCCAAUUAUGAGCAGAGGGUUGAGCCAGCAGGGCUACGCUGCGUCCAUGAAUGGCAGCAACGGCAUGCCUCUGCCCGGGCCGAGCCCGAAGCCAUCUACAUUGGCUCUUCUCAAUGAAAGUAUACAUGCAGAUACGAAAUCGCCAACGGCGGUACUGGAUGCAUCUAUCAGGGAACUCGAGGGCCAGAUUGCGAAUCUGAGGAAGUACGAGCAAGAGUUCAUUGAUCUGGGGCUGGAGGAUAGUCGGAAGAUGCUCAGCGCACAAGUACAUGAGCUGGAAGAGAAGAUCCGACAGAAGAAAAGGGAAAAGGGUGUCAUUUUGAUUGAGCGGCUCCGGCGAGAAGGCUUUGGUGGCCUGGCGGCUGUGGUAGGCAAGGAAGUCGGCGUGGAAGGCUUGGGCGCAGGCAUACCGGGCCUGGGAUGA